GUGCUGUGUUACGGGGUGAGACGCACCCGUGGAAUGUUGGAAGGGCAAUGUCCUCUCAUUCACGGCUCAGAUGCAAAUCAAUAGUCUCCACUGAGCAUGUGCACAAAGCUAAACAGGAAAUAAAAAUGUUAUGACAGCAAAUAAGUGGAUGUAAGACAAGCAGUCACAAUAUUCAAUGUUGUGAAUCUCAACUGUGCAUUUCAGAUUGUGGUGGCUUCUCUGCUGGGAGUUCUCUUGGCUCCAGCCCUUGCUAACAGGAAUGACACGGAAAACUUUAAGAAGCACCAUGGUGAGAACUCGCUCCGCUACGUCAUGGACACUGGGGUCUGCGUCGACUCUGAGGAGGGUUUGGAGGGCUGGAAAUCUGCCUGGGACAUCAAGACUGGCUACGUUGCAACCAAGGUAUUUUCAAAACACGCCUGCAUCGUUGCUAAAAUGGACAGGAGGUUUUUACAUGAUAGACGGUUUCCUGCAGCACCUCAAGGACACAAGGGACCCGGUUCUCGCCAAUAUCUCCCCAGGGAGAAUCGCUUCAUUAUCUCCAGAAACAGACUCCAAAGCUUGCGCCGAUAUGGAAAACGCAUCCAAACCCUGUGCAGAGGAAUCCCCGCUUACCUGGCUUACCCAACUGUGGGUUCAAACCUCUCAAAGCAAAAUGUUUCCUGCUUGAAAGUUAAGAUUAAUAAACUGCCCAUCUACUACUGUGAUUAUUUAUUCCUGAUGAAGUUUUGAGGAAGAAUAUUCUUAGAGCUUUGUACCCAUGAACACGACUUUUCUCCUUGAUAAUCUUCUCUUGAUCACUUUCUCAAUCAUUCACAUGUCUCUUGUGAAGGAGGCUCUUGUGUCUCAGUAAAAUUUAUCAUCAACCUACAUUGGUCUGCCCUGUGUUUUUAUGAAUCCUUUAAAAACAUGGAAGCAAUUCCCAAGACAGGUUGCUAAACUAGUCUUCUUGCAAAAUCCCAAUUUUGGCAUUUAAACUUCAUCCUGUACAAUU